AUGAUUACUGUAUCAUAUGGUACAUCUGUAACUACUAAAGGCCAAUCUUCAGAAUCAGAUGAAUCCUCUUCAAAUAAUGUCAAUAAUAAUAAAAGAAUCAAAAGAUCGGCAGCCAAAAUUCCAACAAGCGAGAGUUCAGAAAGUAAUGAAAAUGUAACAGACAGAGUAAAAAGAAGUUUAAUUUCUUCUAAUAGUAACUCAGCAAGUUCUGAAGAACUAAAUCCUAACAACAAAGCUGGUCCUAAAACAGCUACUUCUGUAAAACAAUAA